UAUCCCUAUUGAGUGUUUUUUAACUAAAUUAACAUGGCUCGAAUGAACCGCCCAGCACCUGUGGAAGUUACGUACAGGAACAUGAGAUUUCUUAUUACACACAACCCAACUAAUGCAACGUUAAGCAAAUUUAUAGAGGAACUUAAGAAGUAUGGAGUUACCACAAUCGUAAGAGUAUGUGAAGCAACUUAUGACACUACUCUUGUGGAGAAAGAAGGCAUCCAUGUUCUCGAUUGGCCUUUUGAUGAUGGCGCACCACCAUCUAACCAAAUUGUUGAUGAUUGGUUAAGUCUUGUGAAGAUUAAGUUUCGUGAAGACCCUGGUUGUUGUAUUGCUGUUCAUUGUGUUGCAGGCCUUGGCAGAGCUCCAGUGCUUGUUGCCCUAGCAUUAAUUGAAGGUGGAAUGAAAUAUGAAGAUGCAGUACAGUUCAUAAGACAAAAGCGACGAGGAGCUUUUAACAGCAAGCAACUUUUGUAUUUGGAGAAGUAUCGUCCUAAAAUGCGGCUGCGCUUCAAAGACUCCAAUGGGCAUAGAAACAACUGUUGCGUUCAGUAAAACCAGGGUGCAUGAUGCCAUUGCUUGGAAGUGGAACCUGAGACACGAUGGAAUUUGUCGUACAUAGCAGAUAGCCCAGUUGACUUGGUGAAUAAGUCUGAUGAAGCUUCCAUAGGAGUGUUGAAAAGCAGUUUUACCAGGCCACAGGCCUGGCAGAAUUGCAGUCUCUGUUCAGGUUAUGAUCAACCUAUUUGAAUACUAGUAAAGAAUUCUUGCUGUUCAGCAUUAAUAUGUGCUUAUAAUUUGUACCAAUUGACCUUUCCUGAAAUCAUGCAGUAUUGAGUCAUGUCAUUAAAUCUGUUUCCAUGCCAGAAUCUUACCAAUACGUAAGAAAUUUAGAAAGACUAGGUGCCAAAAUACCCAGCACAAUACUUGUAUAUUUUUAGUAUCAUAUAGAACAAAUCCCAGGAACUAUGAACACUCUGGACCUUAUGUGGUUUAUUCCUUGCAUCAUUUCAAACAUAGUAGGGCCUAUGAGGUUUGUUUGCUCACAAUAUGUUUACAUCUCCCACAUUCAUACCAGUAUACAUCAGAUUUGCUCCCUUUUUAAUUAACCAAGUCUUACAGUGAUUAUUUAAUAUCUUUCUAUAAAUCUCAUUUUAUGUUGUAGAAGGCCUCCAUUUUGAAAAUCUACAUUGUACAGAAGCACAUGUCUUUAAUGUCUCCAGACAAAAGCCUUACAGUUCAUUUUAAUGUUUGCACUUUGGGGUGCAACUUACAGGGAGGGCCUGAAAAAAGAAUGGGAGGGGGCUAUUAAGUAUUUUUAGUAAAAUGUUGCCUUUGUCUUGUGCAGAACAUGUAGAAUAUGCGCUUUAAUUUAGUAAAUAUUUUUUUAAAAGGUAGAAAUACUUUGUUACUGUAACUAAAAUAAUUCUUAAUCAAAAUUUCUGAAAUUCUUGUAAUUUUUUUUCAUACUUACUGAAGUUGUUUACCGACUUAGUUUUGUUUGAAGUGUGAUUCCCAGCCUCUCGGAAAAAAAAAAGUGGGUUUCUGCUAAUGAAUUGAGCAGACAUUUAAUAUUUUAUAUACCUUUUGAGCUGUGUAACUUAAUAUUUGGAUACUUGACAAUUUGUUUUAUUAUGUAAUUGAUAAAAUGGUGAUGUGUAUUAACGUUAGCUCAACCAUAUAUUUAUACUGUCCGGGAACAAGUGGUUAUAGUUCUGUGGGAGAAAUAAUUUGUCAGUGUUCACCAGCUUGUAAGAAUCUAGUGCAAGAGCUUAAACAUUAAAUAAAUGAUGAUAUGCGUUUA